UGCUCUUCGAUGUGAGUCACUGACAUUAGCAAGAGAGCAAGUUGCUCCAGUUGUUCCUGAACAGGAGACUGCAAGGUGCCCAGAGGACCAUCUCAAGACAGGUUGGGAAGCACCUACCUUCUCUGGCAGGGGAGGAAAAUGUUUAUUUUCCAUGCUUUCCCCAAAACCCCACAUCCCCGCCAACCUUAGUUUUAAAGUGUAUUCUUACUUAGAGUUGAGAAGCCUGUUUCAACUUAAAGACACCAGUAUCAGGUGAAUGGACAACCAACUACCGCAAUGAAAGGUGCUGGGACAUGCAGAGGCACACAGCUGCUCGGCAGUAAACCGCACAGGGAGCCUGGAGCUUAGGUGCUGAUGGUAGAAAAAGGCAGCAGGCUGAUGAGGCUCAGAGACAACUUGAAGGGCUGGCUGUUUGAGCAAAAAGAAAUUAAACCAGGAAUAACCUAUGCAGAACCCUUGCCUCAACCAUCCCCCAGUAUUUCCUGACACAUAUUUUUGCUGACAGUCCAUCCUAACUAAAGAAUGGGGUUCAACCUGACAUUUACAAAAUUACCAGAUACCGAGCUGCUCAGCCAAGGGAGCCACGUUCCAAGUAAUGCCAGCGAUGGCCUCGGAAGGAAUACCACCCUUAACAACGAGUUCGACACCAUCAUCAUGCCUGUGCUUUACCUCGUUGUAUUCGUGGCAAGCCUCUUGCUGAAUGGUCUAGCAGUGUGGAUCUUCUUCCACAUUAGGAAUAAAACCAGCUUCAUAUUUUAUCUCAAAAACAUAGUAGUUGCUGACCUCAUAAUGACGCUGACAUUUCCAUUUCGAAUAGUCCAUGAUAUAGGAUUGGGACCGUGGUACUUCAAGGCCAUCCUCUGCAGAUACACCUCAGUUUUAUAUUAUGCAAACAUGUAUACUUCCAUUGUGUUUCUUGGGCUGAUCAGCAUUGAUCGCUAUCUGAAGGUGGUAAAGCCAUUUGGGGACUCUCGCAUGUACAGCAUAACCUUUACGAAGGUUUUAUCCAUUUGUGUUUGGGUGAUCAUGGCUAUUUUGGCCUUGCCAAACAUCAUUCUAACAGAUGUUCAACCAACUAAAGAAAAUAUUCAUGAAUGCAUGAAACUUAAGAGUCCCUUGGGAGUCCGAUGGCAUAAUGUAGUCAUUUACCUCAAAAGCUGCUUAUUUGUGGCUGUGCUGGUGAUCCUGAUUGGGUGUUACAUAGCCAUAUCCCGGUACAUCCACAAGUCCAGCAGGCAGUUCAUCAGCCAGUCAAGCCGGAAGCGGAAACAUAACCAAAGCAUUAGGGUGGUGGUGGCUGUGUUUUUCACCUGUUUUCUACCAUAUCACUUGUGCAGAAUUCCUUUUACUUUUAGUGACUUAGACAGACAUUUAGAUGAAUAUGCACACAAAAUCCUGUAUUACUGCAGAGAACUGACACUUUUCUUGUCUGCGUGCAAUGUGUGCCUGGACCCAAUAAUUUACUUUUUCAUGUGUAGGUCAUUUUCAAGAAGGUUAUUCAAGAAAUCAAAUAUCAGAACCAGGAGCGAAAGCAUCAGGUCACUGCAAAGUGUCAGAAGAUCAGAAGUCCGCAUAUAUUAUGACUAUACUGAUGUGUAGGAGUUAAAGGCUAGGAGACCUCCCCUUGUAUGUUGAAGUCGAUAUGUACAAAUUGCAAAUAAAUGUUUCUUUUGAUUAA